UCAGUCUCAUUCGUAAACUCAAUACAACCGGAAGAGUUUACCGGCGAAUGCAAUUGCAUUACGGCCGGAACUUAAGUAUAAUCCCAAGCUGAUCGUUGAUAAUAGGGAAUAUGGAAUCUCAAUGGAAUCGUUGGAUCUUGCUGGCUAUUUUGGGACUAGCUCUGGGCCAGAUUUCACAGGCAGCCAAGAUCCUGGUACUGUUUCCCCAUGUCAACGAGGGUCACUUUGCGGUGAUGCGGACUCUGGUCACCGAGUUGGCCAAUCGCGAGCACACAAUUGAAGUAUAUACCGGUCAUGGUUUGGGAGAAUCUCUGGAUAACGUUACCGAAACGGUGACAGCGGAAUUUCCUUUUUGGAGCGAAUUGCAAAAACAGGCGGCACCCAAGGGAAACCUUGCUGAUCUUGGACUCCUGCCAAUUGAAAAACUCCGCCAGUCAUUGGCCAGCGUUGGAGCGCGUGCUUUGGACCACUUCCUCGCCCAAGAGCCCAUCCAAAAGCUGCUGAAGAUGUCAUAUCUUGAGUUCGAUUUCGAUGUGAUCCUUGUGGACUACUUCUACACAGAGGCUUUGUUGGCACUGGGAGCUCUCCAUCAGCGGCCAGUUGUAGGGAUUAUUUCCACGGACUUCGGCAACUACAUGGAUGCCGUACAAGAGGCACUGGUACCAGCCGCUUGUUCACCCAUCGAUUUUGAGCGGGAUCAACCUGAAAUGAGCUUCUCCGUACGAUUGGGAAAUAUUCGGACAUGUAUUGCUCGCCGUAAGCAGUUCAUCAAGGAUCACUACGGCGGUCAGGAGCAGUUGGUGACCAAGUACUUCCAGCUGCAGAGCUCUAUCCCCGAGCUGCAGGCCAGCCAGCUAUCCGUGCUGCUGCUCAAUAGUCAUGUGCCAUUGAUAACUCCCAAAGUUAGUAUCCAACAGAUAAUUCCCGCCGGUGGACUUCACAUCCGUGGUCCCAAGGAGCUGCCCUGGAAUGUGAAGCGCUUUCUGGAGGAGGCGCGUCCUGGAGCCAUCUACGUUCAACUGGGCAAUGAGCAGGCUUGUGGCCAGCUACCCAAGGAGAAACUCGACACUCUGUUUGCCUUCUUCUCCGCCAGAAAGCAGAGCAUAAUCUGGACCUGUCACGACGUCAAGACCCUGGAGGGACUGCCAAAGAAUGUGAUGAUCCAGCAUGCAGUGCCGCAGAUAGACAUCCUGGCGCAUCCGAGAGUCAAGGCUUUCCUAACCAAUGGAGAUCUGCUCAACCUGCAGGAGGGCAUCAUGCGGAAUGUGCCCAUUCUGGGAUUGCCCCUAUUCCAGCAUGAAGCUCGGAACAUGGAGCUAGCCGUGCGAUUAGGAGUUGGCCUACAGCUGGAGGAGGGCAAUGUGACAACUGAGUCACUAAACUGGGCAGUGGACAGGCUACUCCUCGAGUCACACUUCCAGUUGACCAUCCGGGAUGUGUCUCUGGAGUUCAGGGACCGUCCUCUUGGCGCUCUGGCCAGCGCUCUCUUCUGGGUGAACUAUGUGGCCCGGCACAAGGGAGGAUCGGCUUUGAGAACCCGAGGCAUUGGGAUCUCCUCCUGCCAGCUGCACCUGUUCGACCUCUUCGUGUUCUAUGCCGGAAUAGCUACUUUAGUCGUAAGCUUACUGGUGGCCCUGAGUUUUGGCGGCUUUUAUAUUUGGAAUAAGAAAAACAACUCCAAGUCGACCAAAGUAAAUUAGGUUUAAAGUUUUGAAUAAAGUGCAUUCUGAGCAGUUUUUUAUGAAAAAUAAGAAUGCAUUCUCAAGAACAUGAAUGAAAGAAAAGCUGAAUCAUCAGAAAGUUGGUUGCUGCCAUUCAAGAAAGUCAAGAUUUGUUGGCUUCUUUUUCGUACAAAAUAAUAAUU